CAAAAAUGUCUGAGACCAUGGAGAGGAACGGUUUGGAACCUGCGGAUUUAGACAAUUAUUUUACCGUUUUUGCUGGAUCCCCACAAGAAGAUGUGUCAUACGCCAAGGUCUUCUGGAGUUCUGUCACUCUGCAACCGCCCCUGGAGUCGCGCCUGGUUUCGGGCGACAUUAGUCAGAGGUUGAAAGUAGCCGGGAACCCUCAGCAUUAUGUGAGUACAGGCCACGGACCCCCUAUCCUGGACACAAAAUGUGAGGAGAACCUCCAGGCAGCGUAUCUGAAGCAACGGGCAGAUGAAAAGAAGAUAUACCUGCAGAUGGCCAAACACCGAGACGAGGUCAUCGCCCUUCUCAGACGACAGAGGGAGGAGCGGAUCAAGAAGGAGAUGAUAUCCCUGCCAUAUAAACCAAACAAGGGCAAUGUCGAAAAGAGCCCACCCCCACUCAAACUCCCAGAAGACAUCCAGCAGGACAUGGAGGAUGUUCGAGGACUGGACUAGUGACUUUGGUGUGACUGAGGAGUACGUUGCCGGCCCACUGGUGAACAACACUGGGGGCAACACUCGCGAAGCACUGCAAGAUAACUGAAGAAAAGCGAAAGCAUUCGAAAUUAGCAUAGUGUGAGCCAGUGGACAAGACGAAAACAACAACGGUUUUCAGAGGUUCCUACCAAGACGCAACUUACUCACAGUUAAGAGACUGCCAUUUAGACGAAUGAAAUGGAGAUAAUGACAUUGUGCUUGAAAACAUCUAAUUUAAAUGGAGGCAGGCAGCUAUAGCCAGCUUGAUCAUCAGACCAACAACAAACAACAGUAUCGUUCUGCAUGACUGCAGGCUCAAUUACAAUGCCGAAAGUUGAAUUUGGCUGGCACCCACUUAUGAGUUGGCAAGGUACAGUGCUAAAAACAAAAGGCCAUCCAGAUGCACAAAGUUAUUAGCCCAUGAUUGCAGGCAUUUCUCUGUGGUUUAUUCUGCACAAGAAAGGACUUUUGUUAUUUUCUAAAUAUCCUAACUGAUUUGCUUUAACUUAUGUUGAUCUA